AUGGACGAGAACAAGGAUGGUAAGAAAAAGGGGGAUUCGAAGAUGGGCGAGGUGACGGAACAGGCUCCGCAGUGGUUCACCAGGUGCGCGACGAUGCAGAACGCGAAGCUCGACAGACUCCCGACGAAGAUGGAUGACAUGAACGACAAGAUCGAUGAAGCCAAGGCGAAGACCGCGGAAUUCGAUGACAAAGUUAUUAAUUUGGAGGCGGAGCUUGGGAACGUGAAGCUGGACAUCGAAGAUAUGGUCACACAGGACUCUAUGAGCGACAUGAUGCAGGACAUGCUUAAGGAGAAGAUGAAGGAGGAGGGGAUGAAGGAGAUGAUCUCGUCGGGGUUGGAGGAGAUGGUUAAGAAGGAUGGGGCCCCCAGAGUUGGCGGCAAACGAGCCAGCAGCGGGGCGCAGAGGACGACGGCUAAGAAGUCAGAGGAGGCACUUGAGCGCACCGUGGUGGUCGGCGGAUUCGAACGGGACUCGCUGGGGACAGAGAUCACGGACGGUAUCAAAGCAGGGCACGGGGACUCGGACGGCAACGUGGAGGACUCAGAAGAGAUCUUUGUCCGGGGCCGCCGGAGCAGCAUAGGUUUCAUCAGGUUCAAGGACGCCCAGGGCAAGAAGGACUUCUUGACGAACUUGAAGAACAAGGGCGAGGUCACGGUCAAUGGCCGGAGGAUGUGGGCGAACGACGACAAGGAUGAGGCAACCCGCUUGAAGGAGAAGUCGGCGGCUAAAAUGGUGAAGGUGUUGAAGGAGUUCAAGGUGGCAGUGGACGGCAUCACGGAUCUCAAGCUGGGCUUCACUGGCGUGGACAUCUUAAAGGUGUUCGCGGAGCACCAGUUCGAGGUGGCACGUUGUUCGAGAGAUGAUUUCGCAAAGCUGGGGCUGUUCAAGCUUGCUGUGAAAAAGGCUGUUAAGUUCACGAAAGCGAGAAUCAGGAACGCACCCGCGUCCACAACAGAAGAGAAGCUUUCGGCAUGCGUGGGUUUCUUGAGGGCGCUGGACCGCAUUGACUGGAAGAACGCUGGGCGCAUUCAAGCCUCAUGCCCCCGUCUUCGGGGCGCGCCGGUGGACCAAGGGGCUGCGGCGACGCGGGCCUACAGGGAUUUGCUGGCCCACGUGCAGGAACUUGGGCACGUCUCCGUUAAAGAGCGCGUGGACGAGCUGAAGCGGGUGCGCAAAGGCAUGCCGGAGAUUGUGUAUAAGCAGAGGAAGGACGGCAUUCUUUCCUCUCUACGCCGUUUGCUCCCUGGCGCUACUUGCGGUCUCUCGGCCGUCAGGGAUCGCAGUGGAGGUAUUGCUUCAGAGCCGGAGGCGCUAGCUACUGCACUGACGCCAUAUUGGCAAACGGCUUUUGAUCACAAGCCCACGGGUAGUUCUCUGCGACGCCAGUGGCUCGACCAGCAAUCGGACAAACUGCGAGUGGAUUCGUCUGACCUCUGCCCUACUCUGGAGGACGUGCGGAAUAUUUGUGAGCUCUUACCCAAGUCUUCUUCUGGACCAGAUGGUAUCCAUGUCGGGGUCUACGGGAGGUUUGCAGAUAUUCUUGCGCCCGUAUUCUUCGAAAUUGUAACAGGCAUGAUCCAGGGUGCCAUCGCGCCGCCGUGCGACUUCAAUUGGGCAUUUCUUAUCUGUCUUCCAAAGGGCCGCGGCGACCUGCACGGAGGAACCGAAGUACACGACCCUGCCGGGGCCCGCCCGUUGUCCAUAGUCGACGCUUCUAACAGAAUCAUAGCUUCGAUUUUCCGCGUGGCUUUGGAGAGGAAAGUUGCUGAGUGGGUUUCUGCUCCUCAGCGGGGCUUUUUGGUAGGCAGACAGAUGCUACGCAACGCGGUCGAUGUUGAUUUCGCGGCGCAGAAGAUCAGCAUUUCAUCGCGGAAGGGUGCCAUCGUGCCGUUUGACUUCAAGGCGGCGUUCCCCAGCCUGUCGCACGACUACAUGCGGGGCGCCCUGGAGGCCAUCGGGUUGCCGCCCCGCCACAUCGACGCACUGCGCAUGUUCUACAAGGACAACAAGCGCUGGGCGGCUACAGACCGUGGCACUCCACUGCCCGCCGCGGGCGCUGUCAGCAGCAUUCCGAACAUGGUGGAAUGGGUGGGCGACCGUGCGCAGGAUGCGCCAUAUGGCGGGCAGCGCAUGGUGCGGGACCUGCGCGCUCGGGUGCACAGGGGCGCAGACAUCAUCCGCAUGAGUUCUGGCGUCUACGCGCUGUUCCGCGCGGUCAGCGGCGGUGGCGUGCAGGCGAGCGCGGCGAAAAACGCGCGUGCCCUACUGUAUCUGUGGCGAUGCAGAGCGGGCGAGUAG